GUGACCGCACAAGACUGGCCGCCUCCAGGUAUAAGUGCAGACGGCGAGCCGCCCACCCCACCCAGCAUGGAGGCUGGGCUGCUGCGUGCCCUCCUGGGCAUCCUCACUGUGUCCCGGCUGCAGGUGGAGCCAGUCAUGGUGGUCUUGGACCAGCAGAAGAUGGCCGGCUUCUGGCGGGAAGCUGGAGUGGCCUCCAACCACAGCCUGGCGCUGAACGCCCCGAAUCGGGUGGAAGGCCUGCUAAUCGCCUUUAACGGGAGCAGCCUGGUCGUGGAAGCCGCAUACAACAACUCGGGGAGCUGCAAGGUGGACACAGCUCUGGGCUUGGAGACCGACGUCGUGGGGAAGUUCAUGUUUCCUGGCCACAGGGAGAUCUGGGUGCUGGACACAGACUAUGAGGGCUACGCCAUCCUGCGGGUGUCCAUGCUGUGGCAGGGGCGGGACUUCUCUGUGAUCAAGUACCUGACUCGCAGCUUGGAGAGCGAGGACAUGGCCGGCUUGUGGCGGUUUCGGGAGCUGACCACACACACUGGCCUCUACCUGUUUCCCCGGCAGGGGAAGUGUGCCAGGAUGCUGAAGAAGGAGCUGAUUUAGGGGAGGGCCUCCCCCAGCCUGCAAUGCUCACAGCCUCUGGUCUGGCCUCUUCCUGCCCUCACUGGACCUCACCUGCUCUGAAUAAACCUGAAUGACUAACC